GAUGAAUAGAUGGAAUGCCAGUCUGAUCAGGCCACCAGCCGUUCAGAAGGUCUUUGCUGAGAAAGAAGCAGCCGAGUCCCUCGAAGCACAAGGAACAAUAAUACGACCGAAAUUGAAAAUAUCCGACUCAAGGUCAUGUGUUCUCUGCAAGGUCACUGGAGACGCAUACACCAAUGGACCUGGAAGGUUACUUCUGUUGAAUGUCGACAAGUGGGUUCACUUGAACUGCGCCCUCUGGUCUUAUGAGGUCUACGAGACCAUGAACGGCUCUCUAAUGAACGUCGAACAAGCCUGUAGACGUGGCACUGGCAUCGAUUGCAUCGUCUGCAGACAGUCUGGCGCCACUAUCGCCUGCUUCCGACCCAGGUGCGCUAAUGUCUAUCACCUGGAUUGCGCCAUCAAAGAUGAAGCUGUUUUCUAUCAGGACAAGACGAUACUGUGUCGGCAGCACGCCACGAGGUCAGACGCCUCAAGCGUCCUCACGUCACUGUCUGUCUUCAGGAGGGUCUACGUCAACAGAGAUGAAGAGAAACAAGUGGCCAGAACGAUGCAGCACGAAGAGAGGAAGUGUGUUUUGAGGCUUGGAGGAGUUGUGGUACACAAUCUAGGCCAGUUGUUGCUUCAUCAGAUCCAAAGUGGUCUCUACAACAAUGCCGACUAUAUAUAUCCGGUGGGUUUCAAGAGUUCUCGUUUUUACUGGAGUUACAGGCAGACAAAUAAAAGAUGCAGAUACCUCUGCAAGAUCGACGACGGUGGAGAUGACGGUGGUAGUGAUGGUGGUAGUGGCGGCGGCGGUGGUGGUGGUGGCGGACCGGUCUUCUCGGUGGUCGUUUUUGAGAAAGGAUUUGAACAGACAACAUUCAAAGAUAGCACUUGCAAAGGGGUGUGGUCCCAGAUAUUGACGCCCUUGGAAAAGAUGAGGCGGGAGAACGACCUUGUGAAGAUAUUUCCUCUCUACCUGUCAGGGGAGGAUCUUUUUGGUCUGGGAGAGCCCACCAUUGUCAAGCUCGUCGAGUCGUUGCCGAGCGUCGAGUUGCUGCCGAAUUACAACUUCAAGUUCGGAAGGACUCCCCUCUACAAACUCCCACUGGCCGUCAACCCCAGUGGCUGUGCGCGUACUGAACCCAAACUAAGGAUGCAUUUUAAGAGGCCACACGCCUUGCACGGCAGCAACAGCAGUAGCGGCAGUCGGAACUUGCAGUCUCACCUGAGCAUGUUGCGUUCGAGUGAGUCCACUCCUUACCUCAAACAGUUCGCCCACUCGAAGACGCAGCAAUACAGGAGGUUAAAAACUGAAUGGAGAAAUAAUGUCUACCUCAGAAGGUCUAAUAUACAGGGCCUAGGCUUGUUUGCAGCCCGUGAACUUGAAAAGCACACCAUGGUCAUUGAGUACAUCGGUCAGCUGAUCAGAGCUGAACUGGCUGAGAAGAGAGAGAAGAUUUAUGAAAAAAGCAACCACGGCGUUUACAUGUUCCGCAUCGAGAACACGAACCUCGUGGUGGACGCCACAAUGAGUGGUGGGCCUGCCCGCUACAUCAACCACUCUUGCAAUCCAAACUGUGUGGCCGAGAUGGUGCCAUUCGAGAAGGAGAAGGACAAUAAGAUCAUCAUCAUCACGAAGAGGAAGAUUGCUCAGGGCGAGGAGCUCUGCUACGACUACAAGUUUGACUUGGAAGAUGACCAGCACAAGAUUCCUUGCCUCUGUGGUGCUCCCAACUGUCGCAAGUGGAUGAAUUAGUGCGUGUGUGCGCGCGUGUGUUUGCGUGCGUAUGUGGGUGGUUGGCCAUUUAUGAUGAAUGGCUACUGAAUAAUACAAUAGUUAAUUGACCCUAAAAUAAAUUUUAGUAUUUUAUUUGUGUGGCAGCAGUACAAAACGCUUUGAAUUGGUAUUGAUGGUGAUGACGACCGCAGAGUGAUGACGGGAUGAGGAUGGUGAUAAAAAUGAUGUAAUAAUUUGCCGUGGUUAUGACGUACGCUGCUGAACUGGAGUAAUAAAUAGAACGAAUGGAGAAGAUGGCAAUUGCAUUGAUUGCACUGUCAACAUAGAAUCUUACAGUGAGUCAGUCGAUAGAUGGAGCUGAUGGUCAGUGAGAGUGCACUUUUCAUUUUAUUAAGGGACGAUAUUUUUGUUAAUCAUUUUUAGUCAUGCGACGAUAUCAUUAUCAGUUUUAUUCUAUUUGUAUCUUCCUCACAUGCUGGGAUGGCGGUUCCAUCAGAAUUUAUCUAGUUUUAAUUCUGAAAAAAUAUAGACGUUCGAAGCUUAAUGCAAGUUGAUCAUGCAAUUAAACAAUCAAAUCUCAUGAAUAAUCAAUCGAUCACUCAAAUCAAUCAGUCAAAUCAACCAAUCGGCCAAUCAAUCAAUCAAUAGAUCGAUCAUUUAACCAAUAGUUUGUAUUCACGUGCAAUCAUCUGAUUCAACCAACAAUUAUGUUAUUCAUUUAUUCAUUCAUUCAUUUAUUCAUUCAUUUAUUUAUCAGCUGAACAUUUUUCAUUCUCAUUUCAUCAUGAAAACGUUUAACAUUUUUAUAUUAUAUAAUAUAUAUUACAUCAAUGGUGUUACUUUUAAACGGACUUCAUAAUGAUGAUGAUCAUCGUUAUUAUUAUUAUUAUUAUUAUCACAAAUUUAUUUAUUUUCCUUAUAUUUUCUGAAAAAUAUAUUUCACAUAACUUUCAUUGUAAUGGACAGGAAGAUGCGCUUUUCUAUCUUACAGCUUUUUUUAUUUUCGUUGGUUCAAUUUUAACGUUAAUUUGCUUUCUUUCAAAUUGUCUAAUUAUCUUUUAAUAAUAAAAA